AUGGGAGCGCGAGAAGCAGAGCAAAGACUCAAAGGCACAGUGUCAUCCGACAAGAACGAGAUCUUGUUCAAGGAGUUCGGAAUCAACUACAACAACGAACCAGAGUGCUUCAAGAAAGGCACGGUGCUGUACAGAGAUUUUUUCCCUACCCCACCGACCGAGGAAUUGUCGUCACCCGUGCUGUCGGACUUCCCCACGCCACCGAUCGCUCAGCCAACACCAAAGCGAGCGUCCAAUCACCAGGCAUCACAAUCUAUUGAGAGGUUCGUCCAUGCCGCUCUCCCCACCAACGACUGCCACCUGGAACAACAAUGGUUCCUCGAACGGCAAGCAGCACCUACCCUCGUUGACGCCUUUGCCGCUGUCCCCGCCAAUAUUGAAGCCAAGCAGCAAGCCUCCGAUGUCAUUGAGCCAACCGAAUCCGACAACACUUUGGAUGAGAAGGAGAGCAUCGUUAGCCCCCGAGAUGCAACGUCGACGCCGCCUCGCAAAGUCAGUCCGCCGAUCCAAAAGAACAAGGCUCUGCCCAGUCCGCCAAUGAGCGCAGAAGAGGAGAUGCGCACGCGAGAAAAGGUCAAAGGAAACAGCCCACGGCAAGACUGGAGCAAGUACGCCAUCAACGGCAGUGAAUCGCCUCAGCGAAGGCCAAGCGAGUCAGACUAUAGAGCGGGUCAAGGCUGGGGCAACCAAGACCACAUCUCCCACCCAGGUAUUGCAGAACUCCACUCCUUUUCCACACCGACACAGUCUGCGCCUACAUCAGCAACCCUACCAUACCCUCAUUCAGGCCCCGAUCUCCACACCCUAAUAUCCUCAACAUCCGCUGCAGGGCCAAGUUCCCAAGCCUUUCCCACCAGCCGCCCGUCCACCAGUAGUCGCAACAAAGACGCCAGCAUACCAAAACCCUCCAAAUCUAACUCCUCGAAGACCAGGCCGGAUAAAGGCAAACAACCACAAUCGGAUACGAAUGGUAAGGCUGCAGCUACUGCGUCUCAACAGGCGAAUGAAGGGUGGCCCGUACCCAUGAGUCGUACGCAGAGGGAUAAAGAUAAGAAGAAGCGAAGCAAGGCGACUGUGCUGAUGGAGCACGUAGAUAUCAUCAAGGAUGAUUUUUGGGAGAAGAGGCCCUGGAUUCUGAGCGGGAAGACCGGUUGA